UAAGAGGAGAAACUGUUCGGGUCGGUCAUGACAUUCCUAUAAAGGUUUGUCCCGAACCUGGUCUUCAACUACUUGAACGCAUAAUACUUAUAAAAAACGAUCAGAAUCUGGAACAAAAAGAUGUCAAUAUUGCGCUGAAUGGAGAGUGUAUCACAUACAAGUACCGCCCGGCAAAUCUACUUGAACCCGCUCCUUAUUAUGCCAUUGGUUUCGCGGUCGGUAAUCAUAUCCUGUCGAAUUCUGCGACUUUUAAUGUCGGUCACCCUAAAUUCGGGUUAAUUAUUACCCUUCCUGGCACUAAUAAAAAUGCUCAUUGUGGCGGUAAACUUAGGAUCAAAUGGAAAGACCCAUUUAAAGCAUACACGGAUACUUUUGCCGAAGUUGCCUUGGUUAACCGUGCCCUAACGAUUCAAUUUGAGCCUCCAGCAGCGAAUGUUCCAGUUUCAAAUGGCGAAAUAACCGUCGGAAUUCCUCAAGGCCUUAACAACGAGCAUAAUUAUAAUGUUGCAAUUCGCGUUGCUCGCAACGGUGGUGAAAUUGAACACUACUAUUCAGAUAAUUUUAGAAUCAGUGGCUGUGACUCAACAACAGAAUUACCUUGA